AUGCCGGCGGGCCUUUCCAGCAGCUACGAGGCGCAGAUGCACCGGCUGCUCCGCGUGGUGCGUCUGCUGUGCCACCUGUACCACGCGGGGUCGGCACGCUCGCCCACCACCACCGGCGCCAAUGGGCGAGCGUUUCCCACCACCCGCACCCUCCGCUCCACCGUCUUCAAGAGGGGCGGUGACCCACAAAGUGCGAAGAACAGCUGGCAAACAGCACUUGCCCUAACAGCCUAUCCACUGGAACCCCUGUGGCACUCGCUCAACGAGUGGCUCGUGCUGCUGGGGGUCGAGCUGCAGUCCACCCAGACCCUCGCGGACCCCCCCGGCGAGGGGGUCCGGGCCGCGCUCCUCCGCAAGCACGCGGCGCAGGCCGAGGCGUCGGGGCCCGUCUCCGACCGGGGGGCCCGCGCGACCCCCCCGGAGGGGUCGGACGACGCGGGGGACGAGGGGGGCGAGACCGCGAGGCGGGGGGGCCCGGACCGCCCAUCCCCCGCCGUGCCGGCCGCGUCUCCCGGCGACCCCGGGGAGGAGGGGACGCGGGCCCCCACCUCCUCGCCCCCGCCCGGCCCCCGUCCACGCCCGGACGCCGGGGGGGACAAGGCCGCCCCCCGCGCGGAGGCCGACGCGUCGGGCCGCCCCGGGGAGCAGGAGGAGGCGGAGGGGGGGCCGCCGGCGGACCCCGAGCAGGGAGAGGACGUGAUCGAGGUGACGGCCGAUCGGCUGAGCGCCGUCAUCCAGGCCUUCUACCUCGUCUGCUCGUGCACCACGCCCGACGGGCUCACGUCGCCGCGCUUCAUCGAGUUUGUGUGCCGGCACGACGGGGUGCUCAAGUGCUUCGUCACGCGGAAGCCCAAGAUCAUCUUCCACCACUUCCACUUCCUGCUGGAGUGCCCCGAGCUCAUGUCGCGCUUCAUGCACAUCACCAAGUCUCAGCCCUUCAAGGAUCGCUGCGACUGGUUCUACGAGAACCUGCUGUCGGACGGACAGGACACGGCCAUGGUGCACCGUCCCGUCAGUGAGGGCGACGUCCUGCUCGUCCACAGAGACUCGGUGUUUGAGAGCAGCUGUGAGAUGGUGUCCAAGGUGAGCCAGGAGAAGCUGAAGCAGGGGAUCGCCGUGCGGUUCCACGGGGAGGAGGGCGUGGGCCAGGGAGUGGUGAGGGAGUGGUUCGACAUUCUCUCAAACGAGAUCCUCAACCCGGACUACGCUCUCUUCACGCAGUCCGCCGAUGGAACGACGUUUCAGCCAAACAGCAACUCCUCCGUGAACCCCGACCACCUGAACUACUUCCGCUUCGCGGGGCAGAUCCUGGGCCUGGCCCUGUACCACCGCCACCUCGUCAACGUCUACUUCACCCGCUCCUUCUACAAGCACAUUCUCGGCAUCCCCGUGAGCUACCGGGACGUGGCCUCCAUCGACCCCGAGUACGCCAAGAACCUGCAGUGGAUCCUGGACAACGACAUCUCGGGGCUGGGCCUGGAGCUCACCUUCCUGGUGGAGACCGACGUCUUCGGGUCCAUGGCCGAGGUGGAGCUCAAGCCCGGGGGCUCCGGCGUGGCAGUGACCCAGGAGAAUAAGGGGGAGUACGUGCAGCUGGUGACGGAGUUGAGGAUGACGCGCGCCAUCAUCCCGCAGAUCAACGCCUUCCUCGCCGGGUUCCACCGCUUCAUCCCCCCUGCCCUCGUGCAGCUGUUUGACGAAUACGAGCUGGAGCUGCUGCUGUCCGGGAUGCCGGAGAUCGACGUCGAGGAUUGGGAGCGAAACACGGAGUACGGGAGCGGAUAUGAGCCCAGCGCCCCCGUGAUCCAGUGGUUCUGGGAGGUGGUGCAGGAGCUCUCACAGGAGGAGCGGGUGCUACUGCUGCAGUUUGUCACCGGCAGGUGA